GGGACGCCUGCAGAUCCCAGCCCGUCCCCUCUGCAGGGAGUUCCGCGCCUGUCUCCACACCCCCAAAAACUCACUGCCAACAUGUCUGAUACCGAGGAAGUGGAGCACGGAGAGGAGGAAUACGAAGAAGAAGCUCAUGAAGCAGAAGAGGUCCACGAAGAAGCUCAUCAUGAGGAAGCUCACCAUGAGGAAGCUCAUCAUGAGGAAGCUCAUCAUGCGGAAGCUCACCAUGCGGAAGCUCACCAUGAAGAAGCUCAUGCUCAUGCGGAAGAAGUCCAUGAACCAGCCCCCCCUCCAGUUCAUGAGCCAGAAGAAGCCCCUGAAGAAGAGGAGAAGCCCAGAAUAAAGCUAACUGCUCCUAAAAUACCAGAGGGUGAGAAAGUAGAUUUUGAUGACAUCCAAAAGAAAAGGCAGAACAAAGACCUGAUUGAACUGCAGGCCUUGAUUGACAGCCACUUUGAGGCCAGGCGAAAGGAAGAAGAAGAGCUGGUUGCCCUUAAGGAGAGGAUUGAGAAGCGCAGAGCUGAAAGAGCAGAGCAACAGAGAAUCCGGGCUGAGAAGGAGAAGGAGCGUCAAGCACGGCUUGCGGAGGAAAAGGCACGGAGAGAGGAAGAAGAUGCCAAGAGAAAAGCCGAGGAUGAUCUCAAGAAGAAGAAGGCUCUGUCCUCCAUGGGUGCCUCAUACAGCAGCUAUCUGGCAAAGGCUGAUCAGAAGAGAGGGAAGAAGCAAACAGCUAGAGAGACAAAGAAGAAGGUCCUGGCAGAGAGGCGCAAGCCCUUGAACAUUGACCAUCUUAAUGAAGACAAGCUGAGGGACAAGGCUAAGGAACUGUGGGACUGGUUAUACCAGCUGCAGACUGAGAAGUAUGACUUUGCUGAGCAAAUAAAGAGGAAAAAAUAUGAGAUUGUCACUCUCAGGAACCGGAUUGAUCAGGCUCAGAAACACAGCAAGAAGGCAGGAGCCAAAGGCAAGGUUGGCGGGCGCUGGAAGUAAAGACCCAGGCAGGAUGGCCCUUAGCGAUGUGCCGAAACCCUGCUGGUCUCUUCCUUCUUCCUUCACAAACCACUUGUGUUCCCGUGCCUCAGUGAUAACUAAAAUUGCAACAUCAGCCUGUGUUGGCUAUUGCUGCUGCUUUUCUUCUUCAUGGAGGGGUCUGGUGGCUUCCUCGGUCAAAGGGAAGCAGGUUCCCUGUGGAACUGUGGAGACUCCUUGCUGGCAUCUUCAAUUCCUGCUGAGCAUGUCCUUUAUCCUCCUGACACCAGCCCUAUGCUGUCCUGUAGAUUGCUGUGUACAAAUCUCUGGAUUUUGUAAAUAAAGCGCAACCAGUACCUACUUCAACAACA